AUGUCUUACAUCUUUGACUCCUGGCUCUCGAAGUACCCUCAGCUGCUUACACUAGAAGGCUCGGGGUUUGCUAAUCUUCAAAGUAGAGCCCACAAAAGUACCGAUUUCACAGACUUAACAAUCAGAUGUGGUGCCAGCGAGUUUCGAGCGCACCGCGUGGUCGUCUGUUCACAGUCGAGCUUUUUCAAGGCUGCCUGCGUCAACGAGUGUCGAGAAUCUAUGACCGCCACCAUUGAACUUCCAGAAGAUGAACCGCAGAUUGUCGAGAGACUAAUAGAAUUCUGCUACCGCUCUGACUACGCCAACUUUUCCGCCGACCCGUUCCUUGGACAUGGCAAAAUCUUCGCCGCUGCCACCGAAUAUGGAAUCCCACGUGCAGGUCUCGCAGUAAUGAUGAAAUACGAAGCCGCCGCGCACAAUGACUGGGAUGCCGCCAAGUUCCUCCUGUCAAUUCCUUACAUUUACGAGUCUGUCCCCGAAUCCGGUGUCGGCAUGCGAAACACAGCUGUCAACUGCGCUAAAUCUCGCAUGAAGAGACUGACAGAGGGCGAGAAGCAGUACAAUGCAUGGAAGCGUACAUGUUUGGAUGUGCCUGAAUUUUGA